AUGGUUCAUCAGUUGGUGCAGGGUUUGGCAUCGAACUAUCCUACCACAAUAGCCCGUCAGCAACGUACGGUGUUAAUGUUCGCGCUAAAGGAAGCAUCACUAGUGCUGAUGGAUGCCAGUGGAUAUGGAGAAAAGUUCCCCUCCUCGCUCGGUUACCAUCGUUUGCGUACACACGAAUGUUACGUGAAGUCAGCGAAAUUCAUCGUUGUUGUAGACAUUGGCUGUAACCGCACCGAACUUGCAAAUUUUUUCUUCCAACUCGGAGUGCUUAACUAUAUAGCGUUACCAAUGGAGCAGUCUGGGCACACUGGAGAUCUGAAAGUGGACAUGCUGUACACUGAAAAUCCAUUCACCAAGGAAUUGCACCUGUUCGAUCUACACGAUCAUAACACCUCAAACCCCGGACGGUACUAUCCGUACAAGCUGGCAAACCUACAUGGCUACGAGUUCCUCGCCUUUGGAAUGUACGAAUUUCCGUACAUCUUUGAGGUUACGGAGGUCCGCGCCGCAGGACUGCUGAUGGAGUAUCUGCACAAUCUAGUCGUGCGCAAACUCAACGGCACAGUGCGCAUGGUGAGAAGCGAACGGACCCCUCUCGACGGUCGAUCCGAGUUCGAUCUGACCUUUGCCUACACCGGCUUUAGGCCACAUUACAUGCACGACGUCUCGUUUAAGGAACGGGGCGGUUACUGUGUGCUGUGUCCCUUUCAUACUGAGCGUGAUUUUCUGCGCCAUCUGCUGAAACCUUUCUCGUUCGGUAUAUGGUUUGUGCUGGGUGCGCUGAUUGUUGUCUGCCGUCUGCUGGGACGACUGUUCCCUCACUUGUUUCAGCGCAACCUGCUGGAACAGAUCUUCUUCUCCGCAUCGACACCCCAUCGACAACCGUUCCCUACACGUGUGGUGUCAUUUUCCGUUGCCGUUCUGAUAUUCUUUCUCUCCGAGGCGUAUAAUGCUAAGAUAAUCGCGCUGAUGUCCAUCUCGAAGUACUUCGACAGGCCGGAAACGGUGCGCGAGUUGAUCGAGUCGGACUUUAAAAUUGCCAUUCCUGGUGUUCGAGCACAACUGAUAGCGGAAGCUUUGCCCGGUAAGCUGAUUACCAGCAAACGAGCUGAAGCAAUUUACCGCGAACGAGGCGAGCUAAUGUUUGACGAAUACUGCACGGUGACGUACUGCUAUAUGGCUUACCUGCACGCAGUCAUUGGACGGAAUCGACACGGAUUUCAGCAGUACGUUCUACGUGAUAUGGUGUCGGAGAGAUUGUUAACACUUCAACUAGCAACGCACUCGCCCUUCUAUGAAACAUUUGCCGAAUAUUACGAGCGUUACUUCCAGAGCGGCAUCUGGACGUACCGGCUAGAGUUCUUGAAUCGUAAGCUCGUACGGGAGAUGGACCCAGCAGGAAAUCUGUUUGAAGAGGUAGUUUUCCAUUUCGAUGAUCUGGUCUGCGUUUGGGUACUGAUCGUCGUGGGAUGGAUGCUGGGUACGGUGGGAUUUGUGGCUGAAUUGUUAUGGGUGCAUCUGAAGCGCAGCAUGCGCAAUGUGUGGAAAAGGUUGAAACGAGCCGUGCAUUUUGGAAAAUAAGUUCUUAAAAAAUAUGAAAAUAAAAUACAUAUUCUAAUAUUAUUCUUCUUUAUCAUAUUCAACUAUUAU